UUUGUGGAGUUCAAAUGUCGGACGCUUCCUGUUUAUUUUUUGGUUUUGUCUGCAACUGUCUUAAAUGGGGGCUGGGAAGAGAUUUCCCCAUUUGCAAUAAACUAUUCCUAGUUUUCAUAAUUCUAUAAAACAAGAGUGCACCUUUAACUGAAGAACCAAGACAGAGAUGGUGGGUGAUGUUUUCUUCUCCAUCACUGUGCAGAUGUCAGUCACUGCCUCGCGCCUGAUCCUGUGUCGGAGGCUGAGCUCGACAGGUCCGGGACUGAAGAAGGUCAUCCCAUGGAAAGACUUUCGGAAAAUGGCAAAAGUAACCGGUGCCAUCGUACUGGGCGGCUGUGUUUUCAUCACAUACGAGGUGGCGACGCUGACCCAGGCGUUCACCGUUGACACUCGGGCGAUUCUCCAAGAGAAACAGAAGUCUUAUAUCUACCUAACCCCCCUCACUAAGGUAGAACAGGAGAGCCUUAGCACCAAUCUUACCUAUAAAGCCAGAAAGGAGCUUCAUAAAGCAGCGAGAAAACUUAUUGAAAUUUCAUCACGAGUGCUUCAAAGGCCCCUGGAUGAACGCCUAAGCCAUCUGGAUGCAGAUCCUCAUGAGUUGGCCCUGUGGAUGUUACUGAAGAGAACCCGCUCCGCCAGUCGGCCAGAGCGCCUGCAGGGCAUCCAGGACUUGGCACACGGACGCUGGCAAGAUUACCAGUACCAGACAGCGGCUCAGUCUGUAGAUCACCGCACGGCUAUAGGUCUGGCUCGGAUGCCGAACGUAGACCUGCGCUUCUUCCGUUCCCCGCCCGCGCUGCCUAAACUGGAGGAUGAGUUUCUAAUCGAGGAUGGUUUGAGGCAGCUGCUGGCUUCUUUGCCCCAGUCAGAGGUGGAUCAGUGUGUGCAGUAUUUCACCUCACUGGCACUGAGAGAGAGCACUCAGUCCCUCGCCACUCAACGGGGAGGGUUGUGGUGUUUCGGGGGAAACGGAUUACCCUAUGCCCAGAGUCUCACCUCCAUCCCUUCUGAGAAGGUGGAGUCUUUCUGCCUGCAGGCCCUCGUACAGCACUCAAAGGUCCUGAGUCAUUGUGAUCACAUUGUGGCCAAUGGAGGACUCCACCUUUUACAGAGAGUCUACCAGCUUCGCCGGGAUUCGCACAAGAUUCAGCGCAACAUCGUACGCAUCAUCGGGAACCUGGCACUGAACGAAAGCUUACACACCGACAUCAUGCAGUCAGGUUUUUUGCCUGUGCUGGCUGAGAUGGCGCAAUCUCCUCACAUCAUGCAGGCGUCCCACGCCGCCCGCGCUUUAGCCAACCUGGACCGAGACGCAGAAGUGCACAAGUACCAGGACGGAGUUUAUGUUUUACAUCCACAGUGUCGCACCAGCCAUCCUGUAAAAGCGGACAUUCUGUUCGUGCACGGGCUUCUGGGAGCCGCUUUCAAAACCUGGCGACAGAAAGACUUGGAUCUGACAGAAGUCGAAAAAUCUGCAGGAAUACAAGAGGAUUACACCGAGUGCUGGCCUAAGUCGUGGUUAGCAGCCGAUUGUCCCCAUCUCAGAAUCCUGUCUGUGGAGUACGACACGCAUCUGAGCGACUGGAGUGCCAAGUGUCCUGCUGAAAACCAGAGGAAGUCUUUAGCGUAUCGCAGCGGAGAGCUCCUGAAGAAGCUGAAAGCUGCAGGAGUCGGUGAGCGGCCUGUGGUUUGGGUGGCGCACAGCAUGGGAGGCUUGCUGGUGAAAAAGAUGCUCUUAGACGCCUCGAAAGAUCCUGAGCUGAGCUCCUUGGUGAAGAACACGAAGGGCGUGUUGUUCUACAGCGUUCCUCACCACGGCACGUUCAUGGCCGAGUACUCCGUAAACGUGCGCUAUGUCCUGUUUCCGUCCAUAGAAGUCAGAGAGCUAUGCAAAGACUCUCCAGCCUUACAAGACCUGAACCAGAAUUUCCUCAACAUCGCAAAAGACAAAGAGUUCAAGAUUCUGAGCUUUGCCGAAACUCUGCCCACGUCCGUCGGCCCGAUGAUGAACGUAUUAGUGGUUCCCGCUGCGUCAGCAGAUCUGGGGAUCGGAGAGCUAAUAGAGGUGGGCGUCGAUCAUCUAAACAUCUGCAAACCCAAGAAGAAGGACACGUUUCUCUACAAACGGAGCUUGCAGUUUAUACAGGAUGCUCUUGGUGGGCAGAUAAUCAACUGAAUCUUUGCAUCUCGUGUCAUCUUUAGGAUUUUUCAUCAACAGGGAGUCGUCUGGAAGAUACCACAAAAUGCAAGAUGGAAAAAAAGAAAACAACUAAUACAUGUGUGAAACAUACAGUAAUAUCUUUAAACAUUUCUCCCGGCAAAUGCAGGAUUCAUUUUGUGCGCUGAUUUUUGUAUGACCACUAUGUAUGUGUAAUCAUUUAAACUCGGUGUCUAUUUUUAUUGACGCUAGCACACUCUUGGAAAAACUAAGAAUGAGAUGGAGGAACGCCGAACUGCCGACUCGCCAGACUUCUUCAUUGGUGCCACUACCUCAAACACAGCGAUCGAUUAGAUUUUAAUUAUAUCCACACUAUUUUUGUGUACAUCAACGUUACCUGUUUAAAUUAUUCGAGUAUGAGUUCUUGAGGAGGAUUUAAGCUUAAAUCUGUGCCAAAAUAUAUUUCCAGCACUUAAGCACAAUAAAUAAAGUGGCUGUGUC